GAUGAAAYUUGCUUUCGACAAUCAAGUAACAACGAUAGACCGGCUAACGCAUUGUCAUGUACGUUGCCACCCAAUUCAAAUCUUGUGGGAAAAAGAACUUUUGUUUCUAAGAAUACAGCUGUGAAAUGAAAAUACAACAUAAAAUGAAGCUUAAUCCCAGUUGGUUUGAAUUGGGWRGAAACGUUUAUAGCAACRCGUUGSYUGAUUUGGUCUAUUGUCAAAAGCUCACAGAAUGCAACUUUCUAUUUCUUAGAAUAACUUUCUUUGCAUUUGUUAAGCUAAAGUAAGUUGUCUUCAAUUGAAAAUGCCAGAGUUUAGYCCUAAUAAUCCGGAUAAAAUAGCAUCUUGUCAUAGUGUGUAACAUUUUCUCGAUAUACAAGGUUAUUACGUCAAACAUGAUCGUAUAUUUUCCACGUAUAUAUUAUUCCUUCUCCCGGAAUAACCUCAUUCUAAACACUAUAACUUUCUUUUAUUUCUAUAUCAUGUGUCUCAUUGGCCUUGCAGUCCUUAUWUUCAUACAUUUACAUUCUAGCCACCGCAACCUAACAUCUAUUUCACCAUGAGUCCAAGUCCAAGCCUGACCUUGUCGCUCAACUGGUAGAGAAAAUAAUUCGGUAGUACAAUUCCGAGGGUCGUGGGUUCGAAUCCAAGCGAGGUCGAAAAUUAUUUUUCUCUCGGAAUAAUCUCCUUCUUAGCACUAUGACUUUCCUUUAUUUCUAUAUUAUAUUUUCCACGUAAUUUUAUCGUUCCAAAUUUGGAAAUCUGCCGUGCGCAGGGCUAUUACGUUUUAUCCUACAGACUCUCAGCCAAUCAUAAAUCUUAUCGGCUUCAACACUGCGAUAACGACUUUUAUUGUACCCUUAAGGUAGUAAGCUUAUAAGUUUAAAAUGCCAAUUUUAAAUCCAACAACAUUGGCCGGCUCUAUUGGCCUGUCAAAAUUCAUCUUAGGUCAUGAGAUAAGAAUUACAAAAUUUAAUUUUUAAUGGUCGCUUAAUUGAGAAGAUGYCUUUAGGUAUUUAGCUGUGAAAACAUUGGAGUAUACUCUACGUAUCUGCCAUUAUUUUUGAAUUAUUUUAAAAACCGUUUGUAAAAAAAAAAACAAAAAAAAAACAAUAGCUUUUAUCAGGGCGCCAGUCAUAAUGUAGCAUUUCGUAUCGUGUAUUUGAGAACUGAGCGUUUCACGCUGUUACACACGUAGUUUCAGCCUGAAAAAUAAGUCAACACAUUUAGUAUAUAUAGAAAAAAAAGGCUAAAAAAUUAUGGUAGAUAUAUAACGCUGUUUAUGUUAUGGUCGACUUCAAAAUAAUGUCUUUGGCUAGAUCGUUAUCUUGAUAAGUAAACACUGAAAUUACCAUAUGAAUAAAUAAAAAAGAUACAUGAAUUUGUAAAUGAAAUUGAAAAAUCUCUGACUGACUGGAUGUAUGGAUGAAAAGACGAAAUAAGUAAAUCCCUGAUAAAAAUUAUUAUAUUUUAAUGAUAAAAUCCCAACUCAGUGCUGGGCUUCGGUAUAAUAUUUUGCAAUCAUCAACUUUACCAUGGCGCUCUAGGCCAUCUGUUUUUUCAUCUAAAAUCUAAUUCUAGAUAAAAUGCAAGGAAACUAAACAAGCACAAAACAGCAAAAAAAUAAAAAUAAAAAAAUAAAAGCAAAGCAAAACAAAAAAACUCCGAUUAUUUGUAGAAAAACAAGUGACACAACACAUACGCCAGGAGUCUAUUUUGACACGCUCAUUCCAAAUCAUUAUGCCUUCCGACAGAGAACAAUGGAACUCAAAGUGCUUCCUACUUUUGGGUCGAACGAAAGCUUCAUAAUCAUGGACUAAUUUAACACGAAAUACUACAUGAAUAAUGCAGCACAUUUCACAAAGGUGUAUCCCACAAUUCAUAUGCAUGGAUGUAGAUACAUUUUCCGGAAGAGAUGUCCUUAAAAAUGAGUUUAAAUUUCCCUACCUUUUACAGUGUUUUUGGGAUGAGCUCUGGUAUUCACUAAAUUCAGUCAAUUCACUGCCADACAACUUACUCAUUCUAUAUAGGGAAAAAUUUCAUGCAACUUCGAAACCAAGGUAAGGAUGUUUGAUUUUGGAUCUAGACUUUUAAAGGCUUAAGAACCUAAGGCGACAAUUUAAUGUGUUCAAAGGGGGCGUAAGUAAGAAGCAAUUGACAGACGAUAUUUAUCACUCAGUGUCAAGACAAACAACAUUUAUUUGGCAAUAAACUUGCUUGACGGAAAAGUGUCAAAGCGUUUAGACGAGGAGCCCCGURCCAGUACCGUAAAUUCAUUCUCAGAGAAAACAACACGAGCGGCAAUUAUGGCCGAASAYGCUGCUAGAAACACUACUGUGCUAUCAAAUUUGUCUUCCUCGCAGCCUUUUGAAUACAUCAGAGAGUCUUUCUCCGUCAAGGUAUUUMGGCUWGUGUUGGAGGUAGCCAUUGUAUUACUUGGAAUUAUUGGCAAUGUAUUGGUAUGUCUAGUWGUGACAAGAAUCAAAAAGCUUCAUUCUGUCGUGAACUUUCACAUUCGAAACCUAGCCAUCGCGGAUCUCGGGGUUUUGCUGAUCAACUUCCCCCUCGCAGUAAUCAAGGAACAAAAUCCAACCCACUGGCCCCUUGGAGAGUUUUUCUGCAGGUACAUUUACCCGGUCGGGGAUGUUUUCCAUGGGGUGUCUGUAUGGUCGAUCACGGCUAUUGCGAUUGAUAGAUACCGGGCUAUAGUUCGAGAGAUAAGACGAGACAAGCAAACCGCACUUAAAAUGGCAAGAAUUACAGUAUUGAGUCUGUGGAUUAUUGCCUUUUUUAUUGUAUCUUUUCCUUUAUUUUUUGUAAUUGAAUUUAUUGACUAUCGGCCGGUGCACGAUUUUGUGGACUGCACGCCGAUAUGGCCCGAUCGAGAARACAAGGACGUUGUUCGUCAAGUCUACAUGGUUGGAAUCGCGCUAUUUUGGUAUAUUAUACCACUGUCGGUGAUAAAUUGGACUUAUAUUAAAAUCGGCCAGAGAUUGAAGCAGAGCUCACGAUUUCAUAAAUCCUUAACAGGCGUCCGCAGCGCGAACAAGCGCAGAAAAUACAAAGAAAAAGCCAACGCAAAGGCCAAGAAGCUUUUGACUCCGGUCGUGAUUGUUUUCACAGUGACAAUGUUUCCCCUUAAUGCUCUGCGAUUGGCAAUUAUUUAUUGGAAAGAACUUCCAUUUGACAAAUAUCUUUGGGUUUACUAUAACGUCACGGUCAUUUGCAUUAUCCUCAAUUCUUCUGUGAACUGUCUGAUUUACGCUUUAGUAAGCAAAGACUUUAGAAAGAAUUUUUAUAAACAGUGCUGCAAAAGAAUUCCCAAAGCRUCCUACUAUCCRCACCACACUGGCAACAGCAGCUCUCCAAUGACAAGGAACCACAGUAAAGGCGAAAUCAUGAAAGAUUCCGUAAAAACUACGGUUUGUUAAGAACUYAUUGGAAACAUUACCAAAGCCUUUGUUAUCGUAUUGCAAAAGUAUGACGCCCCCGGGGAAACAAUAACGGACCAAACUGAGCAUUAAACAACAUCUUACAAAAUGUGUUUUUCUUUCAUUGAGAGGAACUUGUCGAGCCAAUUAAGUGCAGCUGAAUCUCAAAAAAAUGUUUCGCUUGGCAAUUAGCUCAUUUAAUAUAGUUUUAGCAUUCAUAAAAUGACACCAGGUGAUAAUUUUCUAUAAAUAUAAACAGUAAUGUCUGCUUUYUGUAAAAUUUCAUUGUUUUUCUCACUGUGUCUGCUCGAUAUUAACAUGUGACUGCUAAACCUGCUAGUCUUUUAAGCUCUUAGAUAAACAGCGAAUUUUWUAUAUUGUAUCUUAGUUCAAGAAGAAAAAAUAUUAAGAUGUUUGUACGGAAAUAAAUAAACCUGGUUCAAUACACAGUUUUUUAUCUUAAAUUUUCCCCUCCAGGCAAAGAAAAUCGAYUUUUUUUCUCAGCAUGGACAAUUUGGGGUGAACGCGCGCYUUUAUUAUGCCKCGCGCGCUUUUGGCGCGAAACUGGCUUAUUUUCUGUCGAUUAACCCA